CAAGAAUAUUUUUUAUGCAUGCCACGUGGUUGUAAUGUGUAUUGAUAACAAAGUAAUUAGAAAAUUUGAUUUUCUGGUAUUUACAAAUUAUAUUUAUUUCACGUGUUUCGUGUGCGUCCGCGUUCGACUGUAGUUUGCUGCAAGUCAACCGAAACCCUCGAAAACCACUAACUUCGAAUAGAUUAACCAAAAAGUUUCGAUUCGUGGCGUACGUGAAGCGUACUUAGAAAAGCGUGCUUUCAACAUAUAUUUCGGACUAUCUUCAUCAACAGCCAUGACCAGAUGUUUUCGUUAAGAAUUGUGACAGUUGACCACUACCUGGCACCACCAGUGUAUCCACUGGACCCACAAUUUUCAAAAUUUCGGGGAAAUGAGGUCUGGCAGGUACCCGUCCUGCGGGUCUUUGGGGUCACCCCUGGCGGACAAAAGGCAUGUCUUCAUGUGCACGGCAUUUUUCCGUAUCUCUGCAUUCCCUACGACGAUGAUGAAAAUGGGGGGCUUCCAGUGGAAAGAUUUUCGCGGUUACUGGCUCUGGAUCUUGACAAGCUGCUUAAUGCUGCUGCAGGAAAGAGCAGCAGCACCCACCAACAUGUAUACAGUAUCGAAGCCUUCCAAGCAAUGCAACUGUACGGGUUUCACAACAAAGAGAAGACAUUCCUGCGAAUCUACUUCUACAACCCAUUCACUGUUAAAAGGGCCGCUGAGCUGCUCCUGUCUGGUAUGGUCCUGAAGCGCAUCAUGCAGCCUCAUGAAGCGCACAUUCCUUACAUUCUUCAGUUCCUGGUUGACCACAAUCUUCACGGGAUGAACAUGCUAAAUGUAAAUAAUUUCAAGUUUCGACAUGUCAGUCCCACCUUGUUGAAAAGGGAGAGCUGGCCACUGCAAGAGGCUGAGUUGUGGCGCCUCCAAGAUCAACCGCUUGCCUCCUUUUUGGAUCCAAAGAUAGAAAAACAGUCUGUGUGUGAGCUAGAGCUAGACUGCUGUGGACAAGACAUAUUGAACUCUAAACAUAAUGAUGGUGCUAUGAAUCCAGGGCUAGCUGCCAUUUGGCAGGACGAGCGGGAAAGGAGGCAAGAACUCGGUGAAGCAUCCCUCACUAUGCCAUCAUCACUAGACAGAGAUCACGUUACUCGAUCGGACAGUGAACUGUUCUACCUGAGGAAGCUUGACAGACUGCUUCAGUCAGCUUGUGCAUCAACCAGUCGUUCCCAACUCGACGUUGCACACUUUUCCUAUCACGAACCAAAAGACCUUGCAGCCGCUCGAGAUAUUACGGACAGUGUGGACACUGUCACUUCGGUCUCCGAAAUCCUGGACAGUCAGGACAUGUCUCUUGUGGACAUGCUAGCGCGGGCUACAGCUAACCAGUCAAUGGCUGAGAAUCCAGCAGAAGAUAUAGACAGCGUUCUGAGUUCGGUUCCAGCAUCUCAGGUACAAGAUGAUGGAAGUGAAGACGAUGAUGACGAUGUCAUGACGAGAGAAAUGUCUCAGGUUUUUGACUCUGAGUCUAUGCUAGAGGCAGAGCAGCCUGCUGAAAACCAGCCUCUGCCUGGUGCAGACAGCUUUAAUCAUGCGCAAAGUGGCUGGGAUGAAAGUGAUGAGAUUGUACGGUUGCCCUGUCAGCUCGAUGGCACAGAUGACGACCUGGAAGCAAUCCGAUCAAAGAAAGGUCAAUCAGGGCCCUUACAUUUUUCGCCAUUGUUAACAAAUGAGGAUGCUGACAAUGUGAAUGACUGCUCAUCUCCUUCAGAGACUCCGUUGAUGACAGACAAUGAAGAGGCUGGUGAUGUCUGUGAAGGUGAUCUUAACUGGAAACCACCCCCUUUGCUUUCGCGAAGGCUUCUGUCCGUGCCAGGAGAUGACCUCAUUGGGGACGACUCUGAAAGCUCAUGCACUGACAGUGAGGUCAACAACAUUGUACAAACCAAGCCUUGUUCACGGAUUGACCGGCCAGUGGACUCUUCAGACCCAGAGGCACGUGACACGUCACACAAAGUCAACCCUGUGCCUACAAGGAGGCACAGUCGGACCACAAAGCUGUCUUUAACCUUGCGGAAGAGAAAGGCUUGCUCAGAAAGCUCAGAGUCUCAGAAUACGUCAGAACCUCCCAAGUCCUCCGGCACGACCACAGCGGAUAGUCCGUGUCCCCAACCACCUUCGGAUAUGGCGGGUCAAGCUUACGUAACGAAAUCCGGUAGCUCCUCCGAGUUGAGCAUUUCGACCGCUGGGAGCCAGAGUGACAAGAGACGAACGUUCAAAGACCUGUCCCGGGAAAAGCAGACAGAUGAAGGUGAAACCAAGUUCAGGAAUGUGAGGAAAAGCUCUAAAAGGACAGCCCAUGAUGCGAAUCUUGGCACGCCUACUUUUCAGUCUGCCAGGAAGAAAAGGAAGACUGACGUGCAAAGUCCAAAAGACGAGACAGGGAGAAGACACCACGAAAGAAGCAAGACCUUUUCGUUUUGGGAGUGCACUGUUGUAUUGACUCAGUUAAGCGAAACUUGUAUCAAGAGGUGGACGCAACCAAGACCAGUUAAAAGUAGGCAAAAGCAACCUGCGGGAACCAACAAGGAAAAAAGAGUAAAGGGGACAAGGAAAAGGAGGAACCACAGGGGCAAAGAAGAUCCCCAGAACAACCACAGAAGCAAGAACGAUGGCCAGACAAGGCCGGAGCACCACGAUGAUAUGUGUGUCAGCUCAGACGAAGCCUUUCAUGAAAACGGAAAGGGGCCUGUCAUUAAUUUGGGGUGCUCUGAUUCAGAUUCGAUUGACCUUCCUAAGGUUAUUAUUGAAAUCUCAUCCGAAGAGGAUCUUGCGUCCAAAAGACGAGAGACCAAUAAAAUUUGUGUCACUAACGCAGAGAAGGUAAAUGACGUUGGUGAGCGCCGCAGUGUGUCUAGUCCAGUUGAUCUUCAGCCCAAUGCAACAUUUACCAAAGACUCCGUUGAAGUAAACAAUGUCAUACAAGAGAAGGUGACAGGAAGGUCCUCUGGUAAACGUCAAAAUAAAAAGAGCAGGACCAAAGAGCAUGUGGCGACGAAUACUACUGCUCCGGAGCCAAACGUACAUGGGAAUAGUGUAAAUGCGAAGGAGAUAGAAUCACGCUGUAUGUCGCCAUCAGUGCACAUGCGAAAGCAGUCUAAAAGUGUCACUCAUGACGCAGGGAGCAUUAAUAAACACCCAAAGAGCCUGAAACGUGAACCAAGAAAGGUGAAGAAAGAGUGUGACAGUCCAGUGCAGAAAGCCAGUGGCACCGUUGACAAAUGUAGAAACAAGAGUCCUACCCCGAAACAGUUAGCACGGCGUGUAGUGAAGUCACAAACUUGUACCAGGGAAACUCGCAGAGUUGUAGCUGAAAGUAGUACGAAUGGUAGAACUGCAACAAAAUACCGUAAGAAAGGAGAAAGGACAUCUGAGGCUGCCAAGAACAGGAAGUACGUAAAAUCAUCAUCAUCGUCAUCAGCAAACAUUGUUGAAUCCAGCGCAUCAAGGACUUUCUCACUUGAUAGAGAUGAGUGUGACAGAGCCCUUCGCUUUGCUGAAAGCAUGUGCACCAGUGAUGUUCCCUUGAAGUUAUCCGGAAGCCAGUCCUCAGCUGUGAUACUUGGAAAUGAUGCUUGCAGUUCAAGCUCCAGUCUCGGUCUAGAUGCUAGGGUUUGGAACCUAGAGUACGUUCCAGGUGAUAAUCCAGACAGUUCUUCUGAGGUGCCUCUUACUUGGUCGUCGGCUACGGAGGAUAAUGAAUUAGGGAAGAACAAAACUGUUGAGUUGCCCACUAAAACUGUACCAACACUGGACCUACCCUGCUCUGCGGCAGCGUCACAAAUUGAAGUGCAGCAAGCAAAUGACCGAGUUUCCGGCAGAUCAAGAAAACCGUCGACACAGAGAAAAUCAAAAGCGAAAACUCGUAAAGGGCGCGCCACCAAGAGCCAAAGUGGAGUCCCAAGUGCCUUGCAUCCGGAUCCUUCCUCUUCACUGUCAACGCAACAGUGUGACCCUAAUGAACUUGGAGGAAGCAGCUAUGCCCAGUGUUCUAGCCAAUCUCAGCUCUCAGGAUCUAGCUCUAGUCAAGCCAUCUUUCAGUCAUUACCAUCAGUGCCUUCCAGUGGUACAGACACUAGUGUGUUCAAAAAUUCGCAGGUCGAACCUGAUGUUGGUAUAUUCACGCAGGAUUCGAGCCGGUCACUGUUUAGUGGAUCUAGUUGCGUGACUUCACAGCCUUCCCAGGGGUCCAGUAAAAUUGGCAGCCAGCCAGUCGUCGCACAUUCAGAAAGCAAUUGCAGUCAAACUAACACUGCCGGUACUGCAUGCAAGCACGAGCAAGCCUCGGAUGAUGAUAACGAUGACGAUAAUAUUAUUGGGUUUGACUCCGAGCAACACUGGGUGAUAGUGGACGAAGUGGAAGAUAGUGAGACAGGUGUGAAGGGUCACUCUUCACCGGACCUCUUUGCAAGUCAAGGACAAGCACUGUCCGAUGCUUCUAUCCCAAAUAGUCCAAGUGGCACAGAUCGCGCUGGGGAUGCAGAGGACAGCUGCAAAACACUCGAUGAUGCUGACCUCACUAACUUUGAUCUGACACCUAUAAAUACUCGUAGCCAGGUUGAGCAACAAAGUGUAGUUGAACAAACAAAUAAUGAAGGCUCGGAUGUAAUUAGUCAAAAUUUUACAAAAAAAGGUGGAGAAGAGAAGCCGGAAGAAGAAACAAGGAGGGACGUUGCAUUUCAGAAGGAUGCUCCGAGAAAUGUAGCCUGUUCACUCGACUUCACAGUUGCAAGCCAAUACGAUACCGGCCUAAUGAACGAGUUAGCUAGUAUGGAAAGCAAAUGGAGUGCCUGCAGCAUUGAAUUUGUUAAUGUAGAGAAUGGGCAAGGCAUGGAUAAUCAGACUUGCAAGGAGCGUGCUUUGGAUAUUUGCUCAGACUCUUUGGACUUCACACAAUUGCAGUCCAGUGAGAAGAUGGCUGAAAAUGGUGACCAACAUGUGCAUGUUCCUAAGAGCCCUCCAAGCAGCACUGGGUUUGAAUGUUGUCUUAUUGAUAUUGCCAGUUCUGUGGAGGAAACUGGAACUCUUCGGCAAAACAGCCAGCAGGAUGCACCUGAAGAAAAACGAGGGACCAGCAGCAUCGUUGACAACUUGAGAGAUUCUGCGAGUGAGGCAACAAACAUGCAGAAUGUGGAAGGGGACGUUACUGUUGUCAGCAGUAGUGUGCAAGAGGAACUUGACUGUGGCUCUAGGGUGAUAAGCAACAGUUCUGAAGACAGUGUUAAAUGCUGUGAACUGUCAAAAGGUUCAGAGGAAGCACCUGCUCUGGUGCUCUGUGAAAGUCCUUCUGCCGAGAUGAUGCAACAGUCAGCCACAUUUCAUGAUGUUGAAGGAGAGUGUGUUUCUGCAACUACCUUGGGGUCAUCAAAUGCUGAGGCAGAAAAAUGCGCAGGUUGUUCACAGGAUGUGAAAGUGGUGUCACAGGAGGAUGCAAAUAACAUAGCUCCAGAAGUUAACUGUAACAUCGAUAUAUCCUUGGGCUCUUCAGAGUUAUCAAGCAGCACCAUCCAAGCAAAUGAAACAGAAAACACAAUUGGCAUACAUAGUUUUUAUGUUAACACUACUGUUCUUGGUGAUGAUCUUGAUGCGGACCAUUGUUCGAAAUCGCAAGAAGAGAACGUACCCCCUGCCGUCCGCAAAGAUGGUCUGUUUGCGAUGACUCCAUCAAUACGACCACCUUCUUUUGAGGAAGUGGAAUCAAGCCUUGAAACAUACGGCUUACCCUCUUGUGUUCCAUUGGAUCCAUUCUGCAGCCGUUCCGCGGAUGGCCCGAUUAAAGCAUCCCUCAUCACUGACGAAACAAAGGGAAACCCUUUAGACAUAUUCAACCACAGGAAGAACGGUACUUUACGAGCUGAUCUUCCAGCAUGGCAGCAACAAAUAGUCAGCGAGUAUGCGGAGAUUAAAGGAAUUAAAGUAGACUUUGUAAAGCACCCCGAAGACAAAGCCACGUUCUGCAGAAAUCGUGUAGUUGUAUUAACACCUGUGGCACUGCCUCCGUCAUGCAAAGUUGUGGAAAGAUGGAUAGCGGAAAGCAACCGCAAGGCUGGCAACACUGAAGCAAAGCAAAAGGUUUCUGCUGAAUGUGAGGCCUGGAGUGAGCUCUCCCAGAACAGUGAACGUGAAGAUUGGGAUGUGAAACAAAGCACUCCGUUGUCAGUUGUAAAGUCAUUAAAACACGUUGCUGCUGAGGAUGCAUUCAGGAAACAGUUGCAGGCAAAGAAAGGCCAUACAUUUUCUCAAGAAAGAGAUGGCGCUUCAUCUUUAACUUCAAGUUCCCUCAGUUGUGAUUUGUCUCCCGUGGCGUCGUGCUCAAGGGGAAGGAUAAACCGUAUGGUUGAACAGGACUCUCCAUCAAGCUCCAAAAGUUCAGAAAGGACUGCUGUUCUGACCUGCCCAAAGACUUCCAGGAGAUCCAGUCUGAGCACUAGCACAUCUCAAUUGGAAGGGCCAACACGUUCUGGUCUUUUCAACUUCAAGCUCAGCCGGGACUGUAAACGAGCAAAAAAUGCUGCUCAGAUGCUGACUGUCAUGAGUGCAGAGUUGCACAUUCGUACGCGGAGUGCACUGCGUCCCGACCCUAGCCAUGACCCAGUACUCUGCAUUUUUUAUUGUCUGUACAACGACUUUCCCAGUACCCCUGCUGUCGCAGAUCAUCCCAGAGAGAUAACAGGUGCCAUAGUUGUGGGCCCGUCUAGCCUCUCGCCUUCAAGAGAUAAAAUGUGCGAGAAUCACCAGGGAGGACUGCCUGAUAUUGAGGACCUGCUGACCAGUGCCGACUUGACAAGCCCAGCUGCAGGGGCUAGUGGUGCAGCACACAAUCCACAUAACCAGCAUAGCCAGGGCAGAAAUGUGUUUUGGAGUUCAGGGGUUAUUGGCCUCAAAGACAUUCAUCAUGUGGCUGAUGAGAAAGAGCUCUAUGAAGCACUCAUAGAAGUUGUCAGAAAGUGGGAUCCAGAUAUUCUUGUUGGCUACGAAAUUCAAAUGCUUUCCUGGGGAUACCUGCUGCAACGGGCCUCUUGCUUAGGCAUGGACCUCCACCAGGGCCUGUCACGUACUCCCACUGAGCCUAAGCAGACCAGUGUGAGCUCCUCCUCUCAAGAAGAACAGGUUGACACUCACGUGGAAGAUGUUACAGUUGCUGGUAGGGUGGUGCUCAACAUCUGGAGGGUGAUGAGGAAAGAGUUGACAUUGAAUAUCUACACUUUUGAGAAUGUCUACUUCCACGUGAUGCACCAAAGAAUACCUCUGUAUGCAUUUGAGACACUCACGAAGUGGUUUGACCAUGGCACUCAUCUGUACAGGUGGCGAGUGAUAGAGCACUAUGUCACUCGUGCUUGUGGCAACAUCAAGCUCUUGAACCGCCUGGAUGUGAUUGGAAAGACGAGCGAAAUGGCACGCAUCUUUGGCAUUCUCUUCUUCGAAGUGCUCAGCAGAGGAUCUCAGUUUCGUGUAGAGUCGAUGAUGCUGCGCUCAGCCCGACAACGCGGCAUGGUGGCAGUGAGCCCGUCGAUUCAGCAGAGAGCACGCAUGCGUGCCCCCGAGUGGAUUCCGCUCGUGAUGGAGCCCUGUUCUCAGCUGUACACUAGCCCUGUCCUAGUGCUGGACUUCCAGUCUCUCUACCCAUCAAUUAUGAUUGCUUACAACUAUUGCUUCUCCACCUGCAUUGGUCGAGUAGAUUGCCUCGGCAGUGAAGAACCCUUUGUAUUUGGCUGUAGCUCGUUGUCAGUUGGAACUUCGCUGCUCAAUGUAAUACGCAAGUACAUCACCGUGUCUCCCGGAGGUGUGGCAUUUGUAUUGCCUCCUGUACGGAAGGGGGUCCUUCCUCAGAUGCUUGAAGAAAUCCUGAGCACACGCAUCAUGGUCAAGCAAGCUAUGAAGGAAUGCAAGUCAAAUCCGGCCCUGACCCGAGUCCUGGAUGCUAGGCAGCUAGGACUCAAGCUGAUUGCAAACGUCACAUAUGGAUACACGGCUGCCAGCUACUCUGGAAGGAUGCCAUGUGUUGAGGUGGCAGACAGCAUUGUAAGCAAAGGACGGGAGACCCUGGAACGAGCUAUAAAAACUGUUGAGGAGACAGCACGCUGGGGUGCAAAAGUAGUUUACGGGGACACUGACAGCAUGUUUGUUCUCCUGGAGGGAAAGACAAAAAGACAAGCGUUUGAGAUAGGACAGGAGAUUGCGGAAGUGGUGACUGCACAAAAUCCCAAACCUGUUAAGCUGAAGUUUGAGAAGGUGUACUUACCUUGCGUUCUCCAGACCAAGAAGCGUUAUGUGGGCUUUGCCUACGAAUCUUUGGAACAGCUGGUCCCAGUAUAUGACGCAAAGGGCAUUGAAACAGUGCGCAGAGAUGGGUGCCCCGCUGUAUCCAAGAUAUUGGAAAAGUCUUUACGAACGCUGUUUCAGUCACGUGAUGUGUCUGCUGUAAAGCACUACGUGCGAAAGCAAUUCACAAAGAUCUUGUCAGGAAAAGUCAACAUGCAGGACUUCAUUUUUGCAAAAGAAUAUCGUGGCCUAGGUGGCUACAAACCAGGUGCUUGCGUUCCUGCUCUGGAAAUCACAAGGCAACUUUUACGGAAGGAUCCACGUGCGGAGCCCAGAGUCGGAGAGCGAGUGCCGUACGUAGUCGUCUACGGAUCACCAGGGAUGCGCCUCAUCCAGUUGGUCCGCCACGUACAGCACGCGUUGUUUGAUCCUACACUACGUCUGAACUCUCACUACUACAUCACACGAGCAAUAGCUCCAGCUCUCAACCGAGUUUUCAACCUUCUGGGCACAGACGUGCUCAAAUGGUACUCUGAGCUCCCACGCCAGGUUGAGUCGGUCACAACAGGAAGUAAAGGAAGCAUCUGCCAUUACCUGGUUCCUCAAGUGUGCCCUGCAUGUAAGUCACAGACUGCAAAGGGAGAGGUGCUGUGUUCCAGCUGCAAGGACUUCCCACAGUAUCCGGCCAUAGUGUUGGGCAACAGGGUACGCACCGUGCAAAAGGCCUUUGACGAUAUUUGCCAGAUCUGUUCCAGCUGCAUGGGAUUUGUGGACACAAACGUUUGCGUUUCUCUUGACUGUCCUGUGCUGUAUCGUUCUGUACGAGCUGACCGUGAUGUACAGGAGUCCCUUACGUGGAAAGAUGUCACUGCCCUGCUUCAGAAAAGCACAAAGACAGCUACAGGUUAAGAACUCUCUACUAGUCCUCUCCAAGGAGAAUAUAUUGCUUCCCAUUGCCUUUUCAUGCUUCAAUAUCAUCACCAUAAGAUCAUCAGAUGUGCAUGGAUGUCAUCACAAGACUGAUACAUUGUUUGUGCGGGAGUGAGCAGUUCUUUUCUAUUCAUGCCAAUUGGGCAUUUGUGUGCAAUGGUGCUAGUUUUGUGUCUUAUGUCGUGCCUUGAUAGAGUUAUGCCAAUGUAUAUAUGUUUAAGUUUAAGCAUGGCAGUUGCCAUCUAUAGUAUGAUCAUAUUUUUAGUACAAUAUAGGAAGUUAAUAUAUUGUGACUGAAGGUGAAAGAGGUCACUUAUCUGACAUUGUUGUUGAGAUAAAAUAACUGACUAGCUGUAUGUUUCCAGUGUUGGCCUCCAAAAGGUGGCCACCCUAUUGUUCUCUUGGGCACUUAAUUUAUUGUUCUUAUUUUGAGUACCAGUUUGUACCACAUGUUCUCAUAGUCGAGGGGGCAUUCUAUGUGUAGCACUGAGCACAUUGCAUGUUCCUCACAUGCUAUAUCCACAUAAUAAAUGUUAUGUUCAUCACACACCUUAUACGCAAGCGCGCUCUUUCCAUAACUUGCGGUUUGCCUGAUCAUGCUGGAAUGACUCUAGUUGCAGCCAUCCAUGUUCUAUGUGCUCAGGUGCAUGACGGAUUGCAAAUCGUAGAGUAAACAAUCGCCGUUUGUUUGAGCGGUCAAUCGCAACUCUGUGCCUUUAGUGCGAGUGGGGCCUACUUGUACAACACACAACGUGCCUCUCUAUAAAUUUUUUCUUGUUAACUGCUGUGAUAUACGUACAGUAUGUGAAUAAAACAUUUUAUACAGCUUACGACCGUACUGUUUCCGAGGUAUGGUGCUAAGUAACCUUUCAGAGUGGUUGAUAGACCUGAUAUUCUUGCCCAGUGACAGACAUCACUUUUGUAGCAUCAUACCAUACUGCUAACACUACAGAUAUCAUGACAGUGGAAUAUACUACUUUCACUAUGCAUUCCAGAGGUACAAAUUUGCUGUGAUAGUAACUCCAGAAGGGUUCAAGCACAUGGGGACCACAUUGGCGUGCUGCUGAUCUGAGAAAAUGUCAAUUGACAAAGGAAUGCGGCAUAAAUUGUCAGAUGUACACUUGUGUCUUGGUCUUAAAGUCUGUUGUUCAUAGUUAAUCCAGAAUAAAAUGUGCAUCAGCGGUA